AAACACCAUCAUGGCUGCUGUGUCUGCCGAGGUGCUCGAUUACUUUUUCAAAUUUCUGAAUUUUACUCCGGGUUCCGAGUUCUGGGCCAAGCACCAGUUCUUGUGGACAGAAAACGGAUCAUGUUUGGAAAGAAUGGUGGAAGGGUACACCUCGAGCAAGGCCAAGACCAAGAGCGGUGGGUUUGUAGGCAAGGUUGCUGAAAAGUCCAAGAAAUACGUCUCGUCGCCGUCGUCUGUGACGUUCAGCAAGCAGAACCAGUUUGACAAGCUGCUGGGCCAACGCGACUCGCAGGUGGAAGUUGAAUUGUACGACCCGAUCCAUGAUUACGUGAUGGCCGAGCUGCAGAAACGGGCAGAGGAGUUCACAAUGACCAAAGAGCUCACUCUCUGGACAGGCACGUUCAACGUUAACGCGAUCAAAUACGACGGCGACAUUACGAGCUGGUUCUUCCCUGUGCCUGAAAAAUACCAGGAGUAUGACAUCAUAGCGGUCGGGCUCGAGGAGGUGGUGGAGCUGAGUCCCGGCAAGAUGCUCAACAUUGAUGCAUCCACCAAGAUUUUUUGGGAGAAAAAAAUCAAGGAGACGCUCAACUGGUUCAAGGAGGGAAUCGUCUACACGCUGCUCAAAAGCGAGCAGCUGGGCGGGAUUUUGAGCCUGGUGUUUGUCCAGGAGAAAAAUUUCGAGUACAUCAGCAAUGUCGAGACGAGUUUCAAAAAAACCGGGUUCCGGGGUAUUUCGGCCAACAAGGGUGGCAUAGCCGUUGCGUUCGACUUCUCGUCCUCGAUCCGGCUGUGUUUCAUUGCGUCGCAUCUGGCCGCUGGACACCACAACGUGGAUGAGCGACAUCAGAACUAUAAGGCCAUUGCCAACGGACUGCGGUUCAGACACAACAAGAGCAUCCGGGACUUCGACUGUGUUUUCUGGGUCGGUGACUUCAACUUCCGGAUUGACCUCCCCAACGAGCAGGUGCGCACGCAUCUGGACGAGGUCAGGUUCUCGCCGCUGUUUGAGUACGACCAGCUCAACAAGCAGAUGGCCACGGGUGAAUCGUUCCCAUAUUUCAACGAGAUGGCCAUCAAUUUCCCGCCAACGUACAAGUUCGACCGCGGCACAGACGUCUACGACACUUCCGACAAACAGAGAGUGCCUGCGUGGACGGACCGGAUCCUGAGUCUUGCACGGAGCAAGAACGUUGUGCUGCGCCAGCUGGAGUACGGCUGUGCGCAGCAGAUCAAGUUCAGCGACCACAAGCCGGUGUACGGCGUGUUCCACGCCAAGCUGGACAUUGCGGACCAGAAGAUCAUGUCUGAGAUCGAGAAACAGCUGUACGAGACGCGCAAAGUGGAGCUGGUGGGGGUGAACUCGCUGGUUUUGGCGCAGAACAUCAACGAGUCGACUUUUUUGCUCACGCACGGCCUGCCUGCUCCGUCGGGCAAGACGACGGGGGCGAAGUGGUGGAUCCCCGGCGGCACUUUGGGCAAGAUUAAGGUGAGCUUCCCCGAGGUCGACAGCGGCAGGUACGUCAUCAACCCCAAGCUGCCCCCUAACCCGUUUACGAAAACUACAGAGGAGGAGUUUGUGAGAAAACCAGUGGAAUCGAUUGGCCCGAACUCGGAGUGACUUAUAUAGCCUGCAACUUGAUCGCGUCGCCCUUUCGGAUGAUCUGCGACCCGGUCCAGGACUCGCCUGGCUCCAGCGUGAUGAAAUCGUGCACGUGACCAGGCUCGAUGCACACCAUCUUGUGGAAGCCGUCCUUUGGCUCAAAGUCGGCCAUACCUGCAGACUUGUUGGCCCACGGGUUCCACACCACCACGUCGGGCAAGUUUCUUCUCUCCACGUUGUGGACCACCUUGCCCAGCUCGAUCACCUGCAGCAGCUUCUCGCACGAGACGUUUUGAUAGAUUCUGUCGAGCUCGCCGUUAAAGUCGAUGGCCGGCGCCUUUUCCUCGUACGUCUCGGCCAGUAGCUGGUCGUAGCAUGUUUCUCCCGGCAAGUUGUUCACCAAUGUGUCGUCAAUGUCGUUGACGGCCAGGUACGUGUGGAACAGCCAGUUGAACUUCCAUGCCUUGGAGUCCGAGUUGGCCACCUCGAUCGUUGUGAUGAGCGCGUCUGGCUGCAGCUCGAUCGUCAGCAGCAGCGUGAAGUCGUUGUCUCCGUUGUCCCAUUUGGAGUACACCUCCCUGUUGGCCUGUUCGGGACCGAGACCAAACUGCACGGUUGGCGGGUUUUCUCUGGUCUGGCCCAGGAACUCCCAGGUGGAGUUUCGGGCAAAGCCGUGCUGCGGCAGCUGGUCGAACCCUGGCGCGCUGCUCUUGCCGAACACGGGGAACACCAGCGGGAUGCCGCCUCUGACCGGCCUGGACCCGUCCAGCUUGGCCGCCGACGACAGCCACAGCUGCUCGACGCCCUCAAUGGUCCAGGAUGUGAUGGUGGCUCCGUACAGCAGCACAGACACCUUGGUGUUUGGGUUUUCCGGGGAAAUAAGCUCCACUUUGUCGUCGCUUGCUUCGAUUGGCAUGACACGUAGAAAAAUGAAUAAAAUUAC